GCAUCCGUCCCUCCGUACGGCCACGACGCGCACGAGCUGCCUGCAUACACUUACAAAAAUGCGCCAGUAGGUUUGUACGCCUCAUACCCCGGGUAAUCAAAUUACAUUCGAUUUUCACACUUUACAGCGAGCGAUUGCAUCGUUUUUGUUCCAGCGGUGGUAUGAUCUGUUAACUAUAUAUUCACCGUUAUUCACCGUGUCCGCGCGCACUGACGCGCUCCGGAUCUGUGAGAGACACCGAAUCAACGGGGGGAAAUCAUUAGAAGAAGAUUCGUCGAGGAGAGAGGAAAGGGUUUAAUAAGUUUCCACAUGGUUAUGAUGUGCAUGAUUCAUUAGAAGAGGAUCCGGAUGAUGUGAUGGAUGCAUGAGAGGAGAACGUAAGCAAGGCCAGUGCUGACUGUGAUGAUUCUGAUGGCAAGCAGAAGACUCCCGUAGCAGCAUCCAGUGCUGUUGACAACUGUGUGGAUUACACUUUGAUACCACAAGAUACCUGAUUCCACAAGUUAAUCGUAAAAAAGAAAGGGGCAGGACAUGACUCAGUUGCCAUGCAGGCUGCUAUGGUAACAGGCCUUUUCAGCCCCUCCCCCCUCAUCUGGUUGGUCCAACUGUUGUUGUGGCCACACCUCCUUGGGCCUAUAUUGGCUGAAGCCAGUCCUGCCUGCCCUACUCCCUGUAGCUGUUCCAAUCAAGCCAGUCGAGUGAUCUGUACUAGAAAAGGCUUGAAUGAAGUUCCACAGAGUAUCUCGUCCAAUACUCGAUACCUCAACCUCCAGGAGAACUCCAUACAGUUGAUCAGGUCAGACACCUUCAAGCACCUAAAUCAUCUGGAAAUUUUACAGUUGUCUAAGAACCAGAUUCGUCAGAUAGAAGUGGGAGCUUUCAAUGGCCUUCCGAAUCUUAUCACCCUGGAGCUUUUUGACAACAGAUUGCCACUGGUACCAUCACAGGCAUUUGAGUACCUGAGCAAGCUGCGUGAACUCUGGCUGAGGAACAACCCCAUAGAGACACUCCCAGCGUACGCCUUCCACCGUGUGCCGUCGCUACGGCGGUUAGACCUCGGUGAGCUGCGCAAACUCAGUUUCAUCUCGGAGGCCGCAUUCGAGGGGUUGCUGAACCUACGUUUCCUGAAUCUGGGCAUGUGCGGUCUUAAGGAUGUACCCAACUUGACGCCUCUCGUGCGGCUAGAGGAACUGGAGCUGUCAGGAAACCAACUGGGUGUGGUGCGUCCUGGAUCUUUCCAAGGCCUUGUGUCUCUUCGCAAACUGUGGCUCAUGCACUCUCGGAUCUCGGUCCUUGAGAGGAAUGCCUUCGAUGACCUCAAGAACCUGGAGGAGCUUAAUCUGUCCCAUAACUCUCUGCAUUCGUUGCCCCAUGAUCUCUUCACUCCACUGCAGCAGUUAGAGCGCGUCCAUCUGAACCACAACCCUUGGGUUUGCAACUGUGACGUUCUGUGGUUGAGCUGGUGGCUUAAAGAAACCGUUCCUGAUAACUCCACUUGUUGUGCACGUUGCCAUGCCCCACCGGGUACUAAGGGCAGGUACAUUGGUGACCUCGAACAGCGAGACUUCACCUGCUAUGCACCUGUGAUUGUGGAGCCACCCACCGACCUUAAUGUGACAGAGGGAAUGGCAGCGGAGCUGAAAUGCCGCACCGGGACAUCCAUGACUUCUGUUAAUUGGUUGACCCCCAAUGGAACCUUGAUGACCCAUGGAGCGUACAAGGUCCGGAUCUCUGUCCUGCAUGAUGGAACCCUGAAUUUCACCAACGUGACCAUGCAAGACACAGGACCGUACACCUGUAUGGUCACCAACUCUGCUGGCAACACCACAGCAACUGCUGUGUUGAACGUCUCUGCAUCUGACCCAGGCAAUGGCUACAGCUACUUCACAACUGUUACCGUUGAAACCGUAGAGACUGGGCAAGAUGGCCACGAUUCAGCAAGGCAGUUCGUCAAUGAGACGUUUAUUAGUUUUCCAGGGCCGACGGCUGCAUCUGCAUCAGCAGGUCCCACUGGUUCAAUGCUGUCCUCCUUGUCACCGCGAGCUACGCGUGCACCCGAUCGCCCUUUCACAGUCUCCAUCACGGACAUCGCCAACCUGUCGGGUCUCGAGGACGUAAUGAAGACGACCAAGAUCAUCAUCGGCUGCUUUGUGGCCAUCACCUUCAUGGCGGCCGUGAUGCUGGUCGUCUUCUACAAGCUUCGCAAGCAGCACCAACUGCACAAACACCACGGCCCGGUACGCGCCAUUGAGAUCAUCAACGUUGAAGAUGAGAUCGGAUCUGCCGGUGGGACUAGUGGCAUCACGGGAGGGAGCACCAUCCGCACGGGUGCAGGAUCUGGUGGAGGAAGCGGGCAGAGUCCGAGGAAUCAUGACCCUGAGAUCAUGACCCUACCGAGUGUUGGGCAAGCGGACCACCUGAACCACUACUACAAAACGCACCACUUUAAUAACAACGUACUGGGCUUGAACAUGGCUUCUGGAAUGCUCAACAACAAACCCAACCCUUCCUCCCAAAAUCAGGCUUCGACCAUGAAAAUAGGGACUUCCAGUGACCCCUCCAACCAUGGCUCGACCUUACCUCCCCUGCCAAUUCCCAUCCCAAUGGCGAUGACUUUCCAUGGAACUCUGAAAGGCCUUAGUCACGUUCCCAAUGUGCAGACUGAGCCGCUGUUGCUAUCGAAUGGCUCCAAGGAGAGCGUUCAGGAAACCCAGAUCUGAUUACCCUCGCAUAAACAUGCACACGCAGGAAGGGAAGUAGACUGGUUUUAAACCAGUGUGACUGUCAAGUCUUUGCAAUCUUGGACAUUAUGGAACUCCAUCCCUUUCCGACAGAUUUUAUGGAAUAUUCCGUUCAAUGAACAGAGAGACAGGCUUUUACUGAUGAAGUGGACAUGGCGCUAUUGAGUACAUAUGUGCCAAAGCAAGCGUCUUUUUUGCAGUUCUUAUGAGUUGUGUCCGCGUAUAAAAAAAAUAUAGUCUAUAUUAAAGUAGUGUAAUUACUUAAGUGUUGGUUUGCCACAGUCCAGAGACACCGAGUACACACACCGAUGUACAGCAGCUAACAGACCUGUAUAAAAGCAUACACACAUUUACACUUCCCAGAGGUUGACAUCAUUAUUCAUCGUACUCACCUCGGUAGGUAGUGUACCUGUGUGUGUGUGUGUGUGUGUGUGUGUGUGUAAGGGACAGUAUUAACUGAGACUAAUUCAAAAAUAAAGACUUAAACUGCUGUGAUCCAGAACACAUGCUCAUGUUCACUCUGCGUCAUGAUGAC